AUGAACCAACGAGAAAGCUCAAAAGUAACAUCUGGUGAUUGUGACAUUAAGCACCAAGGUUUGACAUCGUCUGCAAAAGUGGAUGAAACUAAUAAGUCGAGUGGCUCUGGAAAUGGAACUACUGAUUCAACGAUAGUGAGACCUGAUGCAUCAAGUCAACUUGAGAAGGCAAAGGAAGAGGUGUUCAGUACUUCCAAUGCUCAACAGUUAGUAUCUUCGGGAUACUGA